GCCGCGCUGCUAUGUGGCCGGCCGGCUUGCGGGUAAACAGGGAGCAGCAGUGGCCUCGGCCGGCCCGGCCCGGGGCAUUGAGCACACCCGCGGAGACCUGCACCCGUGGCCAUGGCCGAAGUGCGCAAAUUCACCAAGCGGCUCAGCAAGCCCGGCACGGCGGCUGAGCUUCGGCAGAGCGUGUCGGAGGCCGUACGCGGCUCUGUGGUGCUGGAGAAGACCAAAGUUGUUGAGCCCUUGGACUAUGAGAAUGUUAUCAUCCAAAGAAAAACCCAGAUUUACAGUGACCCCCUCAGAGACCUGCUUAUGUUUCCAAUGGAAGACAUAUCCAUCUCGGUGAUAAGUCGUCAGCGCAGAACAGUGCAGUCCACUGUCCCAGAAGAUGCUGAGAAAAGGGCCCAGAGUUUGUUUGUCAAAGAGUGUAUUAAAACCUACAGCACAGAUUGGCAUGUGGUAAACUACAAGUAUGAAGACUUCUCUGGAGACUUUCGAAUGUUGCCAUGCAAAUCCAUGAGACCAGAAAAGAUUCCCAAUCAUGUAUUUGAAAUUGAUGAGGACUGUGAGAAAGAUGAGGAUUCAUCUUCUUUGUGUUCUCAGAAGGGUGGUGUGAUAAAACAAGGCUGGUUGUACAAAGCAAAUGUAAAUAGCACCAUCACGGUUACCAUGAAGGUAUUCAAGAGACGGUAUUUUUACUUAACUCAACUUCCUGAUGGUUCAUAUAUUCUCAAUUCCUAUAAAGAUGAAAAAAAUUCAAAAGAACCUAAAACUUGCAUCUACUUGGACGCCUGCAUUGACGUUGUUCAGUGCCCCAAAAUGCGCCGUCAUGCUUUUGAACUCAAGAUGUUAGAUAAGUACAGCCAUUAUCUGGCCGCUGAAACUGAACAGGAGAUGGAAGAAUGGUUGAUAACUUUGAAAAAGAUUAUCCAGAUCAAUACUGACAGUUUAGUGCAAGAGAAAAAGGAGACAGUAGAAACAGCACAAGAUGAUGAAACUAGCAGCCAAGGCAAAGCCGAGAGCAUCAUGGCCAGUUUGGAAAGGAGCAUGCAUCCAGAACUGAUGAAGUAUGGAAGAGAAACCGAGCAGCUAAACAAACUCAGUAGAGGGGAUGGAAGACAGAACCUCUUUUCUUUUGAUUCGGAAGUUCAGAGAUUGGACUUUUCAGGAAUUGAACCUGAUAUAAAGCCAUUUGAAGAAAAGUGCAAUAAACGUUUCCUGGUAAAUUGCCAUGAUUUAACUUUUAACAUCUUGGGUCAAGUUGGAGACAAUGUAAAAGGACCACCCACAAAUGUUGAACCCUUUUUUAUCAAUCUUGCCUUAUUUGAUGUGAGGAACAAUUGUAAGAUUUCAGCUGACUUCCACAUAGAUCUGAAUCCCCCUUCUGUUCGUGAAAUGCUGUGGGGCACUUCAACCCAACUAGCCAGUGAUGGAAAUGCAAAAAGCUCUUCACCGGAGUCUUUCAUUCAUGGAAUUGCUGAGUCUCAGUUACGCUAUGUAAAGCAGGGAAUUUUCUCAGUGACGAUUCCACAUCCUGAAAUUCUUCUUGUUGCGCGAAUUGAAAAGGUGCUCCAGGGCAACAUUGCACACUGUGCAGAACCCUACAUAAAAAAUUCAGACCCAGCAAAGACGGCCCAGAAGGUACACAGGACAGCCAAGCAAGUGUGCAGCCGACUUGGACAAUACAGAAUGCCCUUUGCCUGGGCUGCCAGACCUAUUUUCAAAGAUACUCAAGGCUCUCUGGACCUGGAUGGGAGAUUUUCUCCUUUGUAUAAACAAGACAGUAGUAAGCUUUCAAAUGAAGACCUUCUCAAGUUGCUCUCAGAGUACAAGAAGCCAGAGAAGACCAAAUUGCAGAUUAUUCCUGGGCAGCUAAACAUCACAGUAGAAUGUGUUCCUGUGGAUUUAUCAAAUUGUAUUACUUCUUCAUAUGUGCCCCUGAAGCCUUUUGAAAAAAAUUGUCAAAAUAUUACUGUGGAAGUUGAAGAGUUUGUUCCAGAAGUGACAAAAUAUUGUUAUCCAUUUACCAUUUACAAAAACCAUCUGUAUGUAUAUCCCUUGCAAUUAAAGUAUGAUGGCCAGAAAACAUUUGCCAAGGCAAGGAACAUUGCGGUCUGUGUGGAAUUCCGGGAUUCAGAUGAAAGUGAUGCCAGAGCUCUAAAGUGUAUUUAUGGAAAACCUGCAGGGUCUGUUUUUACCACAAAUGCUUAUGCUGUUGUUUCACAUCACAACCAAAAUCCAGAGUUCUAUGAUGAGAUUAAAAUCGAGCUCCCUAUUCACCUGCAUCAAAAACAUCAUUUGCUUUUCACUUUUUAUCAUGUAAGUUGUGAAAUUAACACGAAGGGAACAACCAAAAAGCAGGACACAGUUGAAACUCCAGUUGGCUUUGCCUGGGUACCUUUGCUGAAGGAUGGUAGAAUCAUCACAUUUGAGCAGCAGCUGCCAGUUUCCGCCAAUCUUCCCCCAGGCUAUUUGAACCUGAACGAUGCAGAAUCAAGAAGGCAAUCUAAUGUAGAUAUUAAGUGGGUAGAUGGUGCAAAGCCUUUGUUGAAGAUUAAAAGCCACUUAGAGUCUACCAUUUACAGUCAAGAUCUACAUGUGCACAAAUUCUUCCACCAUUGCCAGCUGAUUCAGUCAGGCUCGAAAGAAGUUCCAGGGGAGCUCAUUAAAUAUUUAAAGUGUUUGCAUGUCAUGGAGAUCCCAGUCAUGAUACAGUUUCUACCUGUAAUUCUUAUGCAACUCUUCCGAGUUCUCACAAACAUGACCCAUGAAGAUGAUGUUCCCAUCAACUGCACCAUGGUUCUUUUACAUAUCGUCUCACAGUGUCAUGAAGAAGGCUUGGAUAAUUACUUAAGAUCCUUCAUAAAGUAUAGCUUCCGACCUGAAAAACCGAGUGCUCCUCAGGCCCAGCUAACACAUGAAAUUCUGGCUACUACAAUGAUAGCAAUUUUGAAACAGUCCGCAGACUUUUUAGCAAUAAACAAACUGUUAAAGUACUCAUGGUUUUUCUUUGAAAUCAUUGCAAAGUCUAUGGCCACAUAUUUGUUGGAAGAAAAUAAAAUUAAGCUUCCCAGAGGCCAGAGGUUUCCUGAGGCAUAUCAUCACGUCUUACAUUCUUUGCUUCUUGCAAUAAUUCCCCAUGUGACUAUUCGCUAUGCAGAGAUUCCGGAUGAGUCCAGAAAUGUCAAUUAUAGUUUGGCUAGCUUCCUGAAGCGCUGUCUGACACUAAUGGAUAGAGGAUUUAUUUUCAAUUUGAUAAAUGACUAUAUAUCUGGAUUCAGCCCCAAAGAUCCUAAGGUUUUGGCUGAAUACAAGUUUGAAUUUCUGCAAACAAUUUGCAAUCACGAACAUUACAUUCCUCUGAAUUUGCCAAUGGCAUUUGCAAAACCUAAACUUCAGCGAGUUCAAGAUUCAAACCUUGAAUACAGUUUAUCAGAUGAGUAUUGCAAGCAUCACUUCUUGGUUGGUCUGCUUCUGAGGGAAACCUCCAUUGCUCUUCAAGACAAUUAUGAGAUCAGAUAUACAGCUAUCUCUGUCGUAAAGAAUCUUUUGAUAAAACAUGCAUUUGAUACUAGAUACCAGCACAAGAACCAACAAGCCAAAAUAGCACAAUUAUACCUCCCAUUUGUUGGGCUGCUUUUGGAAAAUAUACAGCGAUUAGCAGGUCGAGAUACCUUGUAUUCUUGUGCAGCCAUGCCUAAUUCUGCAUCCAGGGAUGAAUUUGCAUGUGGCUUCACUUCACCUACAAAUAGAGGGAGUCUGAGCACUGACAAAGAUACUGCUUAUGGGUCUUUUCAAAAUGGACAUGGACUUAAAAGAGAAGACUCAAGAGGUUCCCUCAUCCCAGAAGGAGCAACAGGAUUUCCAGAUCAGGGCAACACUGGCGAAAAUACCCGGCAGAGUUCUACAAGGAGCAGUGUAUCAUCCCAGUAUAACCGAUUGGAUCAGUAUGAAAUCAGAAGCCUCUUGAUGUGCUAUCUGUAUAUAGUAAAAAUGAUUUCUGAAGAUACUCUCUUAACUUACUGGAAUAAAGUAUCUCCUCAAGAGCUCAUAAACAUUCUCAUACUUUUAGAAGUAUGUUUGUUUCACUUUAGAUACAUGGGGAAAAGAAACAUAGCAAGGAUACAGGAUGCCUGGCUGUCAAAACACUUUGGAGUAGACCGAAAAUCUCAAACCAUGCCAGCUCUUCGAAACAGAUCAGGAGUAAUGCAGGCCCGGCUUCAGCAUCUUAGUAGCCUGGAAAGUUCAUUUACACUUAAUCACAGUUCUACAACAACUGAAGCAGACAUUUUCCAUCAGGCACUUCUAGAAGGCAAUACUGCUACUGAAGUUUCUUUAACAGUGCUAGAUACCAUAUCAUUUUUUACUCAGUGCUUCAAGAGUCAACUUUUAAAUAAUGAUGGCCACAACCCAUUAAUGAAAAAAGUAUUUGAUAUUCAUCUUGCUUUUCUUAAAAAUGGACAAUCUGAGGUGUCGCUGAAACAUGUAUUUGCUUCAUUGCGAGCUUUCAUCAGUAAGUUUCCCUCAGCCUUUUUCAAAGGAAGGGUAAACAUGUGUGCUGCAUUUUGCUAUGAGGUUUUAAAGUGCUGCACCUCGAAGAUUAGCUCAACCAGGAAUGAAGCAUCUGCACUUUUGUAUCUUCUGAUGAGAAACAACUUUGAAUAUACCAAAAGGAAAACCUUUCUGAGGACACAUCUGCAGAUAAUAAUUGCUGUAAGUCAGCUGAUAGCUGAUGUAGCACUAAGCGGAGGAUCAAGAUUUCAGGAGUCUUUAUUCAUUAUCAAUAAUUUUGCUAACAGUGACAGACCUAUGAAGGCAACUGCUUUUCCCACAGAAGUCAAAGAUUUGACCAAGAGAAUUCGUACCGUUCUUAUGGCCACUGCUCAAAUGAAGGAACAUGAGAAAGACCCUGAAAUGCUAAUUGAUCUCCAGUAUAGCUUAGCCAAGUCCUAUGCAAGCACCCCAGAGCUCAGGAAAACCUGGCUUGAUAGCAUGGCCAAGAUUCAUGUGAAAAAUGGAGAUUUUUCAGAGGCAGCAAUGUGUUAUGUCCAUGUAGCAGCUUUGGUUGCAGAGUUUCUUCAUCGAAAAAAAUUAUUCCCUAAUGGAUGUGCAGCCUUCAAGAAAAUUACUCCCAAUAUAGAUGAAGAAGGAGCAAUGAAAGAAGAUGCUGGAAUGAUGGAUGUCCAUUAUACUGAAGAAGUUUUGCUGGAGUUGCUAGAACAAUGUGUGGAUGGCUUAUGGAAAGCAGAACGUUAUGAAGUAAUUUCUGAGAUUUCCAAGCUAAUCAUUCCAAUUUAUGAGAAACGCCGUGAGUUUGAGAAACUUACUCAAGUUUAUAGAACUCUUCAUGGAGCUUACACAAAAAUUCUGGAGGUUAUGCACACAAAAAAAAGACUUUUAGGCACUUUCUUCAGAGUUGCUUUUUAUGGCCAAUCUUUUUUUGAAGAAGAAGAUGGAAAGGAGUACAUCUACAAAGAGCCAAAGCUCACUGGCCUCUCAGAGAUUUCCCUGAGACUUGUUAAACUUUAUGGUGAAAAAUUUGGUACAGAGAAUGUGAAAAUAAUUCAGGAUUCAGACAAGGUAAAUGCCAAAGAGCUUGAUCCAAAAUAUGCUCAUAUCCAAGUCACUUACGUGAAGCCCUACUUUGAUGACAAAGAACUCACAGAAAGAAAGACCGAGUUUGAAAGAAACCAUAAUAUCAACAAAUUUGUUUUUGAGGCUCCUUAUACAUUAUCUGGCAAAAAGCAAGGCUGCAUAGAAGAACAGUGUAAACGUCGUACAAUCCUGACUACUUCAAACUCGUUUCCAUAUGUGAAGAAGAGGAUCCCUAUAAACUAUGAACAGCAGAUUAACUUAAAGCCAAUUGAUGUUGCUACUGAUGAAAUAAAAGAUAAAACUGCAGAGCUGCAAAAACUUUGCACUUCUGCUGAUGUGGACAUGAUUCAGCUCCAACUGAAAUUGCAGGGCUGUGUUUCAGUGCAGGUAAAUGCUGGUCCAUUAGCAUAUGCAAGAGCUUUCUUAAAUGACAGUCAAGCUAGCAAGUAUCCAUCUAAGAAAGUCAGUGAGUUGAAAGACAUGUUUAGGAAAUUCAUACAAGCAUGCAGUAUUGCACUUGAACUAAAUGAGCGGCUAAUUAAAGAGGAUCAAAUUGAGUACCAUGAAGGCCUAAAGUCAAAUUUCAGAGAAAUGGUGAAAGAAUUGUCUGACAUUAUCCAUGAGCAGAUAAUACAAGAAGACCCAAUGCAUUCUCCCUGGAUGAACGACACAUUACAUGUAUUUUGUGCAAUUAGUGGUACAUCGAGUGACAGAGGUUAUGGUUCCCCAAGAUAUGCCGCUGAAAUAUGAGGACCCACAGAUGCAAAGUGAGAACGAGGCUGACCUUUCUCAGGAAUAUUUGGAGCUGUGCAAAUGUUAAAAUUUAACGCUUUGAUAUACAUGGAGUGUUCCCUUCUGACACCAAAAUUUUCAUGUUUCAAACAGGGUGCUUACAUAUUUGUAAAUAUUUAAGCAACGUGGAAGUGCCUGGAAAAUUGCACCCCUGUGCUUAGUUUGUACUUUUUUAGGUAAAUCUAUAUACUGAGAAAUAGAGCUCAAAAAACAUAAAUCCAAAUUGCUUAAUUAUUGCUUAAAAUAAUAAUGGUACUAUGUAAAAUUGUAUAACAGAACACAAUAAAAGGUAAAACUUAUUUAUAAUUUGAAGUGAAGAAAAUAAUACUUUGAACUUAGCAUUUUUCUUGACAGGAAGCUCAAUUUAUUAUACUAAUCCUUAGAUGAAAAAAUGAUCAAAUUUCCAUAAAACAUGGGUAUUUCCAAUUGGGGAGAUAAUUUGAAAUCUUGCCUAUUAGUAGUCAAGGCUGGGCUAAAAGAAACAAAAGCAUUAUUUAAUAAGGAAAAUUUCACAAAGAAAGCACAUACAUAAAAAAAAUACCAAGAUUGCUGUUCCUUCGAGUCUUUUUUAAAUAUAUUUUUAUUGAUUUCAGAGAGGAAGGGAAAGGAGAGAGAGAGAGAGAAACAUCAGUGAUGAGAGAGAAUUUCCCUAGCCAGUUUGACCCAGUGGAUAGAGCCUCAGCCUGUGGACUGAAGGGUCUUGGGUUCUAUUCCAGUCAAGGGCUUGUACCUCAGUUGCCUCUCCAGCCCCAGUUUGGGUGCCUACAGGAGGCAACCAAUCGAUGUACCUCUCUCACAUAGAUGUUUCUCCCUCUCCCCCUCCCACAUUCUCUAAAAAAAAAAAUUGAUGAGAGACAAUCAUUGAUUGGCUGCCUCCUGCAUUCCACACCCCCACCCCCCGCCACUGGGGAUCAAGCCCGAAACCUGGACAUGUGCCCUGACGGGGAAUAGAACUGUGACCUCCUGGUUCAUAGGUUGAUUCUCAACCACUGAGCAACACCGGCCGAGCUUCCUUCAAGUUUUGACCUGAUGAUGCCAGGUAAUCAAGUUGGUCUCCUCCAACACACAAGACAAGGGAUUCCUAUGUGGCAUGGGUUUCCCUAGCAAGUGGCAUUUGUUGCCAGAACUUUAUCAUCUGAUGCUAUCCAUAAAGCUAAACAAAACAUUUCUGAGAAUUUGCAGUCAGUACAUACUAUGCAACUUCUAAGCCUUAGCAGCAGAGUCUGAGGUAGGAAUUUGUAAUGAUUAUUUUCCUCAGUUUUACAAGGUUAGGAAGUGUAUUGAUAGAACUUGAUGGUUGCAGCAUUUCUUGAGUCAAAAUACAUAACCACCACAGACUUAGCAACUGCAAGUUAGGGAUUACAUUUCUAAUAAUGAAGACAGCUCAGACUACCUAAAUAAAUCAGGAGAAACCAAGAUGUGAAGAACUUUUUUAGCUUGAAUUAUCUGUAUAAUUUUGGCUGCCUUUCAUGUAAAUUUUAAGUGUUAGACUUAUUUUUCUUAUGUAGUUUAGCCUAUUUUACACACACACACACAAAAAAAAACCAGACACUGAAAUAUAAAUGGAUUGUAUGGAGCCUUGGCUUUUUAAAUACUUCGUGAUCAAGUAAAUCUUUGAGAUUAUGCAUGUGACUUGGCCAUUUUUCUUUUUUUAUUGUUUUUUAUUUUCAAUUACAGUUGAUGUACACUAUUAUUUUAGUUUCAGGUGUAUACCCCAGUGCAGUGGUCGGCAAACUCAUUAGUCAACAGAGCCAAAUAUCAACAGUACAACAAUUGAAAUUUCUUUUGAGAGCCAAAUUUUUUAAACUUAAACUUCUUCUAAUGCCACUUCUUCAAAAUAGACUCGCCCAGGCUGUGGUAUUUUGUGGAAGAGCCACACUCAAGGAGCCAAAGAGCCGCAUGUGGCUCGCGAGCCGCAGUUUGCCGACCACGGCCCCAGUGAUUAGACAUUACAUAACUUAGUGAUCAUUUCAAUAAAUCUUGUACCCACGUGGCACAAUACAUAGUUAUCAAAAUAUUAUUGGCUAUAUUUCCUAUGCUGUACUUUACAUCCCAUGACUAUUCUGUAACUACCAAUUUGUAUUUUCUAAUACCUUCACCUUUUUCACCACCCCCCAAACCCCCUCCCAUCUGGCAACUGUCAAAAAGUUCUCUAUGAGUCUGUUUUUAUUCAGUUUGGUUGAUUAUUUGGCUUUUUUAGAUUCAGUUGUUGAUAAAUAUGUAUUUAUUGCCAUUUUAUUAUUCACUAG